AUGUCCAGCGUUCAUGCGGUCCCUUUUAACCGGCAGUACGGAUCAUUUCGUACCUCGAAUGCCGGAAUACCAAAGAGUCCGAUGAUAGGCGGACUCAAUCGAGGGUUGAUAGCGACGAUUGGCGGGACCGGAACAUCAAGCUUUCAGACGCCAGGAAGGGCAUCCGGAAGGGCUGUUCCUACACCAGUCAAGAAUCAGGAGAAUCUACCGGCUGCGGUGUCCAGCAAAGUGAUAGCGGUCACUCCGAGAAGUUGCCGAAAGGCGCUCACCUCAAACGGGACGGCGGCCAGUUCUUUGGAAUCAACCAAGAAGAUAGGGCUGAACUCACCCCUCCAAUCACCUCAGAUCAUCCGGUCGACCCGGAUCGAGCAAAACAAUUGGAACAAAAAGCUGACCUCAAACUUUUGCUCUCUACACUCGAAGUCUCCGGGCAGUUCCGGAACUUCGGUCGAGUCCAUUGUGCCAAAAUAUACCAAUAGUAGCAGCAACAGUAACGGCGGUGCCUUGAAAGCGUCCUUUUCGACCUUCUCGACCUCUCGGCCCGGGGAAGGCCUCAACUCCUCGAACGGAUCUCAGAAACGUGCCUACAACGUGCACAAACCAAUAGCUAAAGGUGGUGCCAGCAAGUACAUCGCUAGCAGCAACAAUGGCAAUAUUAGCAGUAGUAGUACCAGUAGCACUGGCAGUAGUCGUAGCAACAAUGGCUGUGUAUCCCACAAGAUUGUCACCAAGAAACUGUACCGGGAGGCCAAUGCCCCCAAGGGUUACGUGGCCCAGAUGGCCACAGCCCUCAGCAACGGAACGAUGAUGCCAACCCAGAACGGAACAACGAAGCAAACCUCAACGAGCAGCACCAGUAGCAGCAACAGUUCCUACUCCAGCAAAUUCCCCAACGGGUUGCCCUUCGAGAACGAGUUCUACCGAAGGCCCCGCCGUUCCCUUUCCGAGGUCCGACCCACGGACGCCUCAGGCCCCCGGCAUCUCCUCGGCCUUGGCCAGUCCCAGCGUCGGAGCAACUCCUCGGACACAGUCAGCCUCUCGGCCUACGGGGACGAAUUUUCCCGGAAACCAUCCAACGAAGACCUUUUCGUAGAUUUCACCAAAAGCCUACCGGAAACGCCCAAAUCGGCCAACUCACCACUUCGUCUUCCACAUCUUACAAACGGCAACGGCAACAAUCACAAUUCGACCAGAAACGGCCACCCCCAAACGACGACAUCGAUAGUUGAGUAUAAAAAUAUUAACCAUGCGAAUUAUUUUUACAAGUUUGAAAGCGUCAGCCGGCAUCAUCAUCUGCGGCGCCAGCGGCGUCCCAGUCCUCCGCCAAACUUCCGAGGGGACGCCGCAGACGCCCGUAACAACAAUGGCGGUGGUGCUAACGACGACGACGAGGAUGAACGGGGCGAGGAGGCGGAAGGCGAAAAGUCAACCGUGUACGUCGCCGUGGCCACGUGGGUUCCAAAAUGCAACAGGUUGCCGUACCACCAUCAUCACAAUCAUCAGCAGCAAACGGCGACGGCGCAGGCGUCCAAAGUGAACGAGCCGUCGUCUAAAGCCGAAGCAACUAGUGGUGGUGCUGGCGGUACCGGUAAGAAUGGCGUUCUGGAACCCACGGCUGAUUGCUCAGAGUGA